AAAAACAAAAAAAAGGAGUAAAGAUGAGAGGAUAGAUUGAGACACACGUGAACCUUUUCAGCUACACACCCUUCACAAUCGUCACAUGCACACAAAAAAACAAAACAUGAGUCCUUAUCUUUCUUUUUUCUCUACUUUUACCUAUUUACCAACAGCAAAGUCCAUUAAUAAAUAGAUGAGUACAAUUUCCUCCCUCCCUCCGUCCCUCCCUCCAUGGCUAUUCGUAGUCCCUGUGGAUAUAAGUUGAUAGGUGUAUCAUCCAUAACUAUAAUCAAUGUCCUUGUAUUGGCAAAUGUUAUUACAGUUUCAUCAGUGGUGUUGGUUAGUCUGAGGAAACAGCAACAGCAGAAGCACAACACUAACAAUGGGUACCACAGCAGACCAAUAGUGAGAGGCAAUGAGAGCUGUUUGUUCGUGGGGUCAUGGGUUCCCGACCAAAACACCACUCCUCUCUACGACUUCUCGUCUUGUCCCAUAAUCGACCCUCAAUUCAACUGCCAAAUGUACGGAAGACCCGACACCGACUACCUCAAGUACCGGUGGCAGCCCUCCAAUUGCCAAAUCCCUCGGUUCGAUGGGGCAGAGUUUGUGAAGAGGAUGAGAGGGAAGAGCAUAAUGUUUGUUGGGGACUCUAUUGGUAGGAACCAAUGGGAGUCUCUGAUUUGUAUGAUAUCAGCGGGUGUGGGCACACAGAUGAGCAUCAACAGGGGAGAAACCAUCUCCACCGUCAAAUUCCUGGAGUAUGGGUUAACGGUGUCGUUUUACAAAGCGCCAUACCUAGUUGAUAUCGACUUGAUGGAGGGUAAGAGAGUGCUGAGGUUGGGGGACAUAAGGGGGAAUUCCCAUGCCUGGACUGGAUUUGGAGUUGAUCUUCUUUACUUCAACACAGGCCAUUGGUGGACUCACAAAGGGUCUCUACAGGGCUGGGAUUAUGUGGAGUCCGAUGGAAGACUCUACCAAGAUAUGGACCCAUUGCUGGCUAUGGAAAAAGCCCUCACCACUUGGGCCAAAUGGGUCGACGCUAAUAUUGACGUUACUAAAACCACACUUUUCUUCCAAGCUAUUUCUCCAACACAUUCCAACCCAAGCGAGUGGAAUGGAGGAAUAGUGAGGACAUCGAAGAGCUGUUAUGGGGAGACUGCCCCCAUUUCCGGCUAUCCGGAGGCUACAUAUUGGGGCGAUCAAAUGAGGGUAUUGGAAAAGGUGAUAAGUUCAAUGAACAAGCCUCCUUUGUUGCUCGACAUAACCUUGCUAUCGGCCAUGAGGAAAGACGCCCACCCAUCCAUUUAUAGUGGAGACUUGACACCUGCCCAACGAGCUAACCCUGACCACUCUGCUGACUGUAGCCACUGGUGUCUGCCUGGAUUGCCCGAUACCUGGAACCAACUCUUCUAUACAUCUCUCUUUUUCUCAUACUAGCUAUUUCUUUUCUACUUUUAUUCCUCAACUCGCUAUUUACAUCAUAUCACCCUGUCACAUACUCUUACACCUCAAACUUCAAAUCAAAUCAAAUCAAAUCAAAUUAAAUGGUUUAUGAAAUCAGAUGAAACACGCUGAAUGCAACUUAGCGGACAAAAUUAUGGAACAAAAUAUCCAUUACAUCUAAUGUAUUUUUUCACCAUGCAUCACUUCAACCAAACAACUGCCAUUGUGCGGUGGACUACCAAUGGUUUCACUCGAAUAAUGGAGCAUUGUGUUUAUUGUCUUCUACAUCUAGUGCAUGUUUGCUUUUCUAGACAAGCUAAGAUUAUACUCUUAACCUAGCCUUAGUCUUGUGUUUAUUUCCUGUAACGUCUUGAUUUUCAAAAAAGAUAUAUAUGACAUUUUAAAGGGAUCACAAUA